CUUGAAUGAAGACAAAGUUUGCAUUUGGAAUAAUGCAUUGAAAGAAGUAAUCAUUGAAUGUUAAAGUAGUGUCUUUUUAUGUUUAAAUGAAGUUUGCAGCUAAUGAGAAGCCAGGAGUUAGGGAUUUGCAAGGGGUGGGAUUUGGAUCCCAAGCAUUGGAUUAAAAAACAUAGACUUCUAGGUCUUCAGUUGACUUGCACAUUGUUGUUGUCUUAUCAUGAACUCUAAGGCUGACAGUGACACUGCGGUAGGUUGAUUUUUUUUCUUCAUUUCACAGAUCAGGGAUAGUUUCACUUCACUGUGAACAAUUUUAUCACAUGCUUUUCGACAAAUAUUUAUCCUGAGAAUUUGAAUUCUUGUUAAAUAUUGAAUGCCAAACCUGAAGAGAUAAAUUAUUAUUUUGUACAGUUAAAUUCUUACUACUAUACUCAACAGGUUUAGAAAUAUUUUGCAAUGUUUAUAGCAGUCUAUAAUGCAAUAUCUAUUAUGUAUGGCAUUAGUGGAAUAACUAGAUGUUUUCAAUUGGCUUGCUUGGGAAAUGUAUCAUGUAGGACUUUGCAUUGAAGUCCUUGCUUCUCUGUAUGAUGCAUUUCUUGCAAGCUUGCAAUUAAAGAAGACCACUGGUCUUGCAUAAGGUGAUUUACCAUUUUUUUUAAAAUUAUUAUUAUUAUUUGUGUUUGUGGUGUGUUGUUUAUAUAGUUUACAUGUUUUAUACUCUCCAAAAUAUGUAGGAAAUAUUUAUAAAGGGACUUUGAGUUGUAUUCCCUAAACAGGUAAUUGUUGAGAAUUAACAGGAGUAUUGCAAAUUUUUGUAAAACAAAAAUUAAGAUAAGCCAAAUUGGAAAACUGACUCCAACAACCUAACUUAAAAAAACUUACCUAUUUUUCCAACUCACCUGUUUUGGUAUACAUUUUGCAGAACCCUUAAAUAUACAGUUUUUUAUCAUGUUUAGCAAAUAUUCCUUCAUGUUACAGGGACUCAAUGUGACUUCCAUUCAUUCGUAUCUGCCAUGUGCGAAAAUGUCUAUUUAUCAAGGCUUAGGGUUUUUUUUUCAGCAGACUGGCAAAUGUUGAGAAUUAAAAAAUUUAAACUAAAAAAGUCCAAUUGAAACAUUCUCCAACUCGCCUAUUUUAUUGUGUAAAUUUUGCAAUUCCCUUAGUAAUAGUCCCCCAAUGUUACAUUGAGGCUUUUGUGUUCUUCCUGCUUUCAUUUGUAUCUGUUAUAUGCUUUGUUUUCAGGGGCUCACUCUGAAUCUUGCUUUAUUAACACUGAUUCUGGGUACUGGGGGUACCUUCCAGUAUGGGUUACACAUCUCACUCAUCAAUGCUCCUGCCAAAGUAAGUUAUUCUUUUUGUCUAUCUUUGUUCAAAAUGAUCUAAAGCACCUCUUUUUUUCCUGACAAUAGUCAAAUUGGACAAUUUAUCUAACGCAUCUACAUUUUGACUUUUUUUGGAUCUAUAUUUUGAUGUAAAAAAAAUAUAUAUAUAUAUAUUGAUAUAUUUUAUUUUAAAGUGUACAAAAUAUUAAAUAAUUUUAAGAGCUUACACAACAAUAUCACACCGAGGCCUAUAUGUACUAUUCUCAUCUAAAAAGAGAGUAUGUGUUUGUGUUCCCACUUCAGUGUGUUUGUGUGCACGUAUGCUUUUUUGCUAGUGGCCUCACAGUAAUAUUUGGAUAUGUGAUUUUAGUCAGUACACAGCUAUUUUUAUGUAUUGAAAGGAUGAAUCAUUUAUUUAAAAAAAAAUUAUCUAGUUAUAUAUUGACUUUGGACAGCAAAAUGUUUCAUAGUCUUACAUAACAGGCCUUUAAAUGUUGGAGUGAGCUGCACACAUUGUCAAAUGUUUUCUAUAUAUACACUAUAUGAUUUUUAUUGUUUUAUUGUCUUCCUCAUUCCAGUAUAUUCAAACAUUCAUCAAUGGCACCUGGCAACAUCGUUACGGAUCAUCCCUUCAGCCGGACACAGUCUUACUGUUGUGGUCCUUCAUUGUGUCUGUGUAUAGCAUUGGAGGCUUGCUAGGGGCUCUGGCAGUUGGACACCUCUCAGUCACAUUUGGAAGGUAUUAACUUAUUAUGUAUUGAAGUGUUGGGUAGUAAUGUGAGCCAUGAAAUAUACAACACCAUAAUUUGUGUGCUUGGCUGGAUGUGAGCCAGAAGAUAUUUAUUCUUUUCUAAUACUUUCAUUUUUUUUCUUUUAGAAAAAAGACUCAGCUUUACAACAACUUGGCUGCUCUGCUGGGUGCUCUUCUGAUGGGAAUGAGCCAGACCGCCCAUUCUUUUGAGAUGAUUAUAUUAGGACGAUUAUGUUAUGGCAUCAAUGCAGGUACACCAUUUAGAACAUAUUUUACAUUGCUUUGAGGGGUAAGCUAAUGGUUUUAAUUCUUCAGUCCUUGGAGUUGUAAAUGCACCCUACAGUAAAAACUGCACUGCCAAUUUGCAUAUGAAAAGCCUACUGUGUGUUUACAUAGUAUGGUAAGUGUGUCAACACUAUCUAUCUAUCUCAUAGUAUAAUAUGCACAUAAAACUAAAAACAGAUAUGUCCUGAAAAAGCUCUUUAACAUGUAAUUGUUCAUUAACUGUGGUGUACUCUAAUGCCUCUAUUUAUUAACUACAUGGAAAUUUAAAAAGACAUAAAAGCCCUUUCUAAUACUUGUUUGGCAGCCCUGUGUUUCAACUUUUAGGAAUCACAUUUACAUUGAAUGCAACUGAUUUUUUACAAUAUCUAAAAGGUAUGAAGGGGGGCAUUUCAACUACAACAGCUUAAUUGUAACCCAGUGCUAGGGAGUUAUGCCAGUUCUGAGGACUAGACUCAUAUGAAUUUCGUCUAUGCAAUCGUUUCAGUAAAGACAGUUCAGACAAAGCAAAAUGUCACCAAAAUGCACUUUUUAGUGUAGACUGAUGCACCGAUAAGUGCAUUUUUGUGCCACAGAUCAAGUGAAAAGAAGUAGCCAAUAUGGGGAAAAAGGAGAAGCAGUAAAUUUUUUCCCAUGUUUAUGUAUUAUAUAUUUAUUAAUUAAAUAAUAUAUAAUAUAUCAAUAUAUCAAUAUUGUUUAUAAUUAUUUUUUACUCCUCCUCCUUUUUUCCCACUUUGGUCACUUCUCACUUGAUCUGUGAAUAAAAGCAACAGGUAUUGGCUGUCCCCUAACCCUCAAUCAUCUUUUUUAGCAUCAACCAUUCAUUCCUUGUGUAAUUUAUUUAGUAAUCAGCUGACUCGCUGAUCGCCCAAAAUUCAUAUGAAUCAAGGGGCGGAGCUAAGCGGUUGACCGAGCAAGAAUGCGGUUGGUCCACUUCAACCAAGAGAUAUAUUGAUUCCCGAGCCUGGAAACUACAGCAAUCACACACCAGACCAAAAAAGCAGACAAGCCCGGGUAUGCAUAUCAGAGAUUUGUUCAGACGGGCUCAGGGCGCCUAUGGGGCCAAGAUGGCCGUUGACCUCGAGGACUUCUCCGAUUCCUCUGAGGAUCUGUCCCUAGACAGUAGGAGCCUGGGGUUGCACACCGAUGCAGCCGGUUUUAGUCUCUGAGAGGGGAGACUCUGCCCCAGUGACAGCAGGGAUUCUGAAAUAGAUGUUGGGAGCCCUCCAAAAAACCCUCCAGUCAGAUGUAGCCCAACUUUGCUCCGACCUGACGAGUCUGGUAGGCUGCCUGGAAGAGGUCAAAACCGCCACAGAGAAGCAAGCUGUUUUGAUGGCAGAGCUUCAGCUGGAAGUACAAGCACUAAAGAGACAGCAGGCACUCACUGACCAGCGCUUUGACAACCUAGAGAAUACACGACGCAGAAUAAAUUUAAAGCUAUGGGGUAUACAGGAGGAAACUCCUGUGGCGGAACUCCCACACUUACAGAGACAGAUGGUGGGGGUCCUGCUGGCGCCCAAACAGGCCAAGAACCUCACCUUCGACGGGGUCCGACAUCAGCACCUAGGGACUUAGUGGUGCGAUUGCACAACAUGGCCGAUAAGAUGGUGGUCCAGGCUGCACUAAGGGGUAGAGCCCCGUUCAUAUUCGCAAACUUGACACUCGCAUUCUACCAGGAUCUCUCUGGAGAAACUAAUAUGGCGCAUAUCUAUGCAGCCAUUUACUACUCUACUCCGAGCCAACAGCCUGCAAUACCGAUGACGCUUGCCACAGUCCCACAGAUUCAGCAAAGAGAGACCACCCACGCGGUACACGGCCUGCAAGAAGCAAAGAUGCUCCUGGGAACCUUGGGUCUACUAGAGGACUCUAUGCUACAACUUGGACACUGCGGGAUUGCAGAGAACCCCAGAUGGGAUCCAGCGAACGUCCAAUUGUUCACGCCACAAAUGACCCUCUCGGACACUUAUGCCAUUGUCACCACCUGAGGCCAAAGCCCUCUCGCCCUCUGCCUCCAAAAUUUAUCUAUGUAUAUGUUUACUUUUCUUAUGUUUAUUUAACAAUAAGAGUAUAGGUGCGAUUGGUUAUUUUUACACAAAGAUGCUGUCAAAUGAUUUGGAAAUACCCACGCAUCGCUUCGAAAACUAGAUAGGACCUCCCUCCCCCUUUCAUUGAGAGCACAAUCUAGUGAAACAUGGGGGCAUUAAUCUUAAAUGUACUCUAAAACCGUGGCCAAGGCUGUUGCACCCGUGAACCCCUCCAGCACAGAAUAGCCAACUGGCCAAAUUUACCCCGAGCUGUCUGAUCUUUAACCAGCCCAGCCACUCACUUAUCUGUCCCCCUAAUUACAGACCUGACAAUUUUCUACAAGCUAGCCUUAACGCCUCACUUUGCUCAUAACAAAGCCGACACUACUCCAAUAUAUGGCACCACAGAGCAGCACUCCUUAGUAGAAACUCGCAUAAGGCAGGUACCUAAGUUGCCCAGCACGACGUGUCGCAAACAACCCGCAGGUUAAAUUUAUAGACAACUGUAUUAGUAUAUAUACCUGCUGGUCCACCGCUGUUUGUCUUGCCUCAGACUCCACAAAAAGCAUAAAGCUACACCAUAUAAAAAUGUAGUGCUUUACAAUCAAAUGCCACUUAAAUGUUAACAUCUGUACACAAUGUCGCUUGUAUAUGCUGUUGGGGCAUUACAGGCCUGUUUUGUUUAUUCAUGCACUGAAAAAAGAAAGAAUAAAAAAUAAAUUAAAAAAAUUCAGAUGAAUCAUGAUGAAUUGCGAAAUGGAGUGCAAAAAUCUAGUGCAGUCUAGAUCUAAGCUAUGAAACUUAAAGGGAAUCUAUAGUGUUAGGAAUACAAAUCUGUAAAUCUAACACUAUGGUGCCUUCUGGUCCCCCACCUCCUCUUGCCCCUCCUACCAGGCAUAAAGGGAUAAAAAUCCUUUAUUUACUCACCGAACAGAGGGCAGAUCUCUCUUGUCGCUGGGUUGGCGCUUAUGCGCAGGGAGUGCUGCACAAGUGUUAGGCCCUAGCCAAAAGAAAGCAUUGAAUCAAUGCUUUCUAUGGGGAUUUCACUGACGUUGGAUGUCCUCAUGCAGAGUGUGAGGACAUCCAGCGUUGUUUAGGGGACUCAGAGAACGGUAAACUCCUGCAGCGCCUCUAGUGGCUGUCUAGUAGACAGCCAUCAGAGGCACUUUUAGUUUCUCAUAAAUUGCAAUGAUUUACAUUGCAGGACUAAGUGGGACAAGGACAUUGCACCCAGACCAUUUCAAUGAAAUGAAGUAAUCUGGGUGCCUAUAGUGUCCCUUUAACAGUGUUCAAUUUGAGGUUUACCCUUUUUCAGGGAAAGUGGUUUGGGGUUAGUAAACUUCUCAUGAUUUAUCUUCCUUUAGUCUGCCAUUCUCUAAAAUGUUGUUAGUAGUCAGUGAAGGAGGGUCCAUAAGUACAGACGGGGCAGAGCUUCCGUCCCAAUUUUUGUUGCAAAAAAUCAAAUCUAUUGGCAUUUUAUGGACUUUUGAUAAGUGUGUUAGAGAAAGCAUGUGUCUGCCGUGACUAUAUCUGCAGUUUUCAUUUUCCCCUUUAUUGAUGACUAGAAAUGCAGUUGCUUUUUAACACAGCACAGCAUCUUAUGGGGUUAUUUUGGUAGAGACCAACGGGGCAGGGCCGCAGUGCCCCCACCGUCUUUAAACUUUACCAGCUACCACUCGAAGACAAAAGAUAUACAAAACAUGUUACUUUAAUACUUGUUUUCAUCUCAGAAAAAUAUGAUGUUACAUGCUAAAUUUAUUUACCUUUAUUUAACUGUCACAUUAGAAAGAGUUCAUGACUACAUGUUACAUGAUCUCUGGAUCUGCCGUAGAGAGAAGUUAAGUUAUGCAAUGGCUUUUUACAAUUAAGUUAUUAAGUCUAUAUAUAUUUAUUGAGAGAGAGAGACUUAAUAUAUAUAUAUAUAUAUAUAUAUAAUUUAUAGAAUGUAACUGCAAUAUGCAGCUUUCUACUUACUAAUAUCAGAAGCCCUAAGUAAUUGUGCAUAAUAGCAUUUCUGGGAAGCUCCCACCCUACCUGAGUAGAAUGCUCUCCCCAGCUGUUCCCACCUCCUAUAACCUUCGAUCCAGUACUAGCAUGAUAUUUUGCAUACCACAAUUCAAAAAUAAAGUGGCUCGAUCCUCAUUUUCCUGCAGAGCACCGCGAUUCUGGAAUAACCUCAGGGACACAGUCAAAUCUUCAUUCAAUCUAAAAUCUUUUAAGAGAUCUAUGGCAAUAUACCUCAGCACAGAAUGCACCUGUCAUGGUUAAAUAUACUUAUUACCUGUUAUGUGUUAAAGUUAUACAUGUGUGUGUAUACAUAUAUUGUUUGUAUAUUGUAUUUGUAAUAUUGUACCCUAUUGUAUCAAUGCAAUGUUUUGUGUACACAGGACAUACUUGAAAACGAGAGAAAUCUCAAUGUAUCCAUCCUGGUAAAAUAUUUUAUAAAUGAAUUUCAUGUCCUUAUAAAGCAGGUGCGAUAUGAAAUAAAUACAAACUGAUUUGCUGCAGGUGCAUUUAGUUUGAGAUAAAAAUUAGUUAAUAAUCAUAUUGCAGGGAUCAUUUGAGACAUGUAUUGUUGUUGUCUUGUAGUUAGAAUGAAAAUCUGGAGACUGGUGUAUUGAUUUAUAAUCUGCUGUGUAAGUCACUUCAUAUCUUACAUAGAAUCAUAGAAACAUAGAAUGUGACGGCAGAUAAGAACCAUUCGGCCCAUCUAGUCUGCCCAAUUUUCUAAAUAGUUUCAUUAGUCCCUGGCCUUAUCUUAUAGUUAGGAUAGUCUUAUGCAUAUCCCAUGCAUGCUUAAACUCCUUUACUGUGUUAACCUUUUCCACUUCAGCUGGAAGGCUAUUCCAUGCAUCCACUACCCUCUCAGUAAAGUAAUACUUCCUGAUCUUCAUGUUUUUCAGGUGUCAGCCUGAAUCUCCAUACAAUGUACAUAGGGGAGUGUGCCCCCCAGAGACUACGUGGGAUGAUUACUGUAACUGUGUCUUUCUUUAUUGCUCUUGGAAAAUUGAUGGGUUUCGUCAUAGGACUCAGGUAAUUGAAAAUAGACCUCCUUACUGUAUGCCUUACAGAUAAAGUCAGCUCGUAUCCUUUCAGACUGUGUAUCUCCCUCUCCAUCUAUGUGAUUUACUAAGGCAUUGCUCACGUUAGAAUGAAAUGGCCAAACCAAGUAAACAUUGUUGUGAUGGAGAAUUAUUCAAAUGAAUCUGUUUUGGCGUAAGAUUUAAAAUUCCCCCAUCAUGUUGGCUAUUAUGUUAACAUAUAGGAAUUCAUAGAAUAUUAUAUUUAAUUUUUUAAUACUAGCUACUUUUUGCUUAUAGUAAGGGCAGUUACGCUUUGAAAUUAUUGGGUAAAUACGAUUAUUUUGGCUCAUUUAGUCAAUACAUUUUAAAUGGUGAAAAUAUGAGAAUUAAACUAAGAGGUUAAUAUGCUAAAGAUAUCAUGGGCAAUGAUGAUAAACAACAAACAUUCCAAUUUACCUCCCAGUGUAGUAGUUUAGUAUUUUCUCUUUUUAUUUACAAUGUUUUGUGGGGGGUUUUUUGGUUUGGGUUUCUUUUGUUUCUUUUGUUAAGUUUUUUUUUUUUUUUUUAAACAUAUUUGUUGUGAGAAAAAAGCAGUAUAUGAAAAAAAAGGGAGUUCAAUUUUUCUUUUUGUUUAUUUUCCCCCUUUGAAAUCCUGUUUUUGGCUAAGUUUGGACAACCCUGUUUUAGACUGUACAGACUACAAAAAUUCACUAGCAUUUCAGUAUGACAACAAUAAAGAACACAUUGAUUGGUUGGUCCACUUGUUUUUUUUAACUUAUUUAUUUGCUGUUCUAUGUGACAAGAUAUGUGGUGCUUUUUUUCCUUUAUCUUCUGUUCUUUGUAAAGCAGAUCCAUGACUCUCUAUUCUGUCAGUUUACAUUCUAUUUUCAUUUUAGGGAAUUCAUGGGCUCAGAGGAACUAUGGCCUUAUCUUAUGGCAGUUAGUGCCAUCCCUGCACUCAUUCAGUUAGCAACACUGCCCUUCUUCCCUGAAUCUCCACGUUACCUCCUUAUUGACAAAGGCGAUACGGAUGGUUGUCUGAAAGGUAAGAGAUUAUACCUUUAAACCAAUUGCUUGUGUUUUGUAUAUAUACUUGUAUGCCAGGCCCUCUGUUUGGCUUAGGCAAGCAAGGCACUUGCCUGGUGAGCUAUGCUUUGCAUGGCCCUGGUGGUGUGAACACCAUGGCUAAGUAGCUCUCACACUGGCAUGUCUGGGCAGAGCUUAAAUGCUGUCUGCCUGGCAACUAGACAUGGCAAUACUGUUGAUUUACAGUUAGGAAAUCUGCCUGCCACGUAUAAAUACCGAGGAAGAUGGCACCUGCGCUUUUAUAAUGGGCAACAUGCUGGGGUGUAGAACGAGGAAAAACUAUACUGCCCAGUUCCCAGCAAUAUGAUGGCUGCGUAACAUUGAAACAUGCGUUAGGGGAAAAUAAUACCAUAUCGAGGGGGUACACAAAAAAAAAAUCCUCAACAAUAUUAUUUUUCCAUAAUAUACACUUCACUGUUCUGUCAUAUAUUUCAGUAUAAUACAAACAUUGAGAGUUGGCUUUCUCAGAUAAGGCAAGAUUAUAAUGGAUUAAGAGCUAUACAGUACUUGUUUUGCACAUGCUAUUUAGGAGGACAUUAAAAUAUAUAUUUUUUGUUGUUGUUACUGUUAAAUUUAAUCCUUAAAGUUGCGUUGUCACCCCCAUAUCAAAAAUGAGUUUGACUGUGUCAGAAUCUCACUGUUUUUCAUGGUAUGUGGGGACUAAUGCUUUUAGCUGUCUUUGAAAUUGAGCAUGCUGCGAAAACAAUAUGGUGUUUUUUUCAGCUAUGCAGCAAUUGUGGGGUCCAGGAGAUCACAGUCUGGAGGUGAAAGAAAUGUUAAAGGAGAAGAUGGCAAUGGAAGGAAACCAGAUAAAAGGCAUGAAGGAUCUCCUGUCUGAUCGCUCUGUACGGUGGCAAAUGAUCAUGAUGGUGCUAACCUGUGGGGGAAUACAGCUCAUCGGGAUCAAUGCGGUAACGUUCAAGUAUUUUUUCCCCUCCUAAUUAAAAGAUCUUUAAGACCAGUUAUGCAAUUCAUAUAGAUUGAUUUAUAUCAAUUGAGAAGAGAGUCUUAUAUGUACCAUUCUUACUUUUGUAUUUUAAGGAAAUAUAUGAUGUAAAAAGGACCAACAAUUUUACAUAAAAAAAAAAAAAAAUUAUUAAAAAAAAAAUAAUAUAAAAGUUACAUGCUUAAAGGUUUCCUGCACUUAGUGUACUCAUAGCCUCGUUGAACCAGGCCAUGUGCAAAAAUCAUCACAGCUGCAGACUUUGUCGAAGUUGUACAUGCGACAUGUGUGUGCCGCACGCACUAAUUGGACAAAAUCAAUCAAAACCGCUCAGAACUGAAUAUUUUGUCAACUUGACAACUCUGAGGGGUUAUUUUAGAGCUGCAGCUAUCUAUGUAAGUAACAAUUUCUUUAUUAUUUUGAAACUGAAAGUUAGUUCAGGGUGUUUUAUGUACCAUCACUUUUGUAAUUAUGCAAAGUUCUGAUGUUGUUUGCAGAGUUAUUCACUAGAUUCUACAUUUUUACAUAUUAAAUCCAUAUAAAAAAACGGAGACAAAAAUGAAUAGUGAAUAACUGUGUUAGAGUGAUCGUUAAAUUUUACUUAUUAUGAUUUCAGAGUCCUUCACUGUCUUGACUACAUAACUAAUGACAAUGUGAAUAAGAGCUAUAUUUCCCCUGAAAACCAAAGACUUACAGAAAACAUAUUUUUAUGUAUGCAUAUUAGGGAGAUCCAUGAGAAUGAUGGACCAAAACCAGGGCUUCAUAUUUCUGAUGUGUAACCUCCUCUCCCAUUGAUCUGACUGGAAAUGAAAUGAUAUAGUACAGAACAUGAAUAGGAUUAAAUAUAGACAGGGGUGUGCCAAUAUAAAAAGAAUCUACUUGUCCAAGGGACUAAAGUGACAGCCCAAUCUACUUGUCCUGGUUCACAAAAUAAUUUAAGUUAGAAAGACUAGGACACACGUGCUUUGAGCGCAUAGCAAUUUGUCAAGACCAAAUCUGGUCUUAACAAAGUGCCUUGUGCACGAAACGCGUAGAGCUCUGUAAUUGCUAAUAAAGAUUUUGCACUAUUUGAAUGAGCAGUAGUGACUUUUCCUUGGUAUUUCCAGUACCUAUUCACUAAUUAAGGGGAACACUGUCCCUGUGUGGGAUAAUGUGUUCUGCAACUCUAGCUGGUGAAGACCACAUUAAUCGCUCCCUUCUGGUACGAUAUUCAUUGAGUUAGAAUGCAGGUGUAAAUAUGGGCGGCUGUGCUCUGACUCAUUAUUGAGUGGCAUACUGAUAAGAAACGAUAACCUUGGACUGCUCCUAAGGAAGUGCAGACAACAUUCUACCUGUCCUGGCCCUGUUCUCUUUGAAUCAGUCCUACUACAUGCCUGUGGCAGGGCUUAGGAGAAAAGAAACAGCUUGUCCUGCACACAAAACUACAUGUUCCGAGCAUAUAUAUUCCACAUUCCUGGUAAGGAAAAAUAUUUAAUAUGUCAAAAAACACAUACACAUAUUUGAAAGUGGAGUUUAGCUCAGAAUAUCCCCAUCCUUUGCUCUUUUUUGGGGAAAAUGCAGCUCAUGCUAAUCGCCACACAUUUCUGCCACUUCCAGGUUUAUUUCUACGCAUAUGACGUUUUCCAGAAUGCAGGUAUACGAGAAAGUCAGAUUCCUUAUGUGUCCUUGGGCAUCGGCUUAACUGAAAUUCUCACAACAAUACUGUGUGUAAGUAUCUGUCAUGGUGUUUCAUCUUCUCAUUUAUCUUCUUUACAAUAAGCGACCCAGUUUAAGUAUGUGCUUUGAACCAUUUGUCUCCACAGUCUUUAAUAUUCCAAAAUCAUUUAUAGAAAAAAAUGUUUUGUUUUUUAUUAUUGCACCAUUAUACUUAAAUGCUUAGCAAUUGAAAGGAAGGCAACGCGGUUCUGUUUAGCCCUUGAAAACGUUUAACAUUGAUUUUCUUAUUCACGGUUUAAUAAACCUAGAUGUUAAAAUGAAUCCGUCAGUAUUUAUAUAUUUAGUCUAUACUUCUGUUGGCAAUGACCGUUUUUGGAUGGUCGCUGCAAGGAAUGGCAGUGGGCAGCUUUUCCCACAUAUUUGUAUUUCCGUAUCUCUGUGUCGCUGAUAUAGAGUAAAGGCUAGAUAGGAAAGAAAAUUGACAUACACUUAUUCUGGGGACAUAGAUUUUGGAUUGAUUGUAUUUUCAUAAACUUUGUGUUCCUGUUCUGAUGUUUGCUAUUUUAUUACAUACCUGUUUAUAACUGAUUAUUUAUCCCACCUGCAUGGAACUGCUUCUCCUGGGCUCCCUCCUUGUGCUGUGUAGGGGUCUGUCAUUGACUGUCUUGGCAGGAAGGUCCUACUGUGGAUGAAUUAUGGGGUCUUGACAUUGACCCUUGCUUUGCUAACUACAACUCUCUCACUGCAGGUAAUUAUCAUAUGAACUGUGUUAUCAGUUAUGUGCUACCUGUUUACUAUAGAGAAAGGAAUGUUUUAGUCAUCACGCUUAAUCUCUAUACAUUUUACACCCACAGGAAAAUUAUAGUUGGCUUCCUUAUGGAUCUUCCAUGCUUAUCUUCAUCUUCACAUUCAGCUUUGGUUUGGGACCUGGUAAGUACCUGAAGAUAUGUAAUUUUACUUUUUUGCGGCGUAGGGCACCCUCUCUAGAAGUAAUUGUACCAGGAGUCCACUGGCAUUGUCCCACAGUAAGUAGUCAAACCAUUUUUGAACGGUUUAGCAGUUAUUUUGGUCCUUAUAUUUGCUAUAACUAAAGCAGAGUCUGCAUCACAUUCGACUAUAAUUGGAUUAAAUUAUUUGGCUUAAAGUGUAACCUGAUUGUCUCACCCAAUGAAAUUUGUCAAAACAAGGAUAGGAUUGAUGACACUAAUGUGGAAUAGAAACUUCACCAUUUUGCUUUUGCUAAAUCAUGUUCCCGGAUGACUAUUUACUCUGGAAUAAUGACAUAGCACUCCUGCCAACAUGACCACUACAUGUUUCCAAUACAUGUUUCCAAUACAGUUUUCAAGACUCUAGUUUAGAUGCAUUCUCAUUCUCCUGCUCGUUUGAAUUGCCCCAGUUUCCUCCAUAUAGUAUUAUGUGAUGGCAUUACCUAGUGUCAUUCUGUUCAAUUGUUGCAGUAUGACUUACAAGGGAACAAGAGUAUAGAUCUUCUUUACUCUAGUGUCUAUACCAGUAAACAACGUGUCCAUAAAGAGAGCAAGGCAGAUGGGCACUUUGUAACCUGGGUCCAACGUCCCAGGCUUCAGGUUCUGAUCAGUGAAAAAUGAAUGUAAACAAUAGAACAACAUAGCAAUAUUUACACAUUAAUAUAAGUUUCCUUUUCAGUGACACAAAAUGUAAUCAUUAAAAUGUCUAUACAAUCUGGCAUUUGGUGCCUAAGCAUUAAUAUCAGGCUUAUACAUGUAAAUAAAUAUGCAUAUGUCUCUUUGUUUAGGUGGAGUCUCUUGUGUCCUUCCCACUGAGUUGUUUAUUCAGUCAUACAGACCAGCCGCAUACAGCCUAAUUGGAAUAAUGAACUGGAUUGGGUUGUUCGUCCUGGCACUGGUUUUCCCAUUCAUCGAGGUGAGUCUUGGACUCUUCACAGUGCGGGAGGAAGCAGAGUUAUACGAAGUAUAAGUACAUAUGCCUAAUAUAAAAUGCUGCUACUCUGGGAGCUGUCAGUAAUGACCAGCGGGCCGCACUAUGUGAGAUGUUUCUGAAACAGGUUUUGGAUUCUUUCAAUCAGUACUGCCUGCAUAGAAUGGGGCAGCAUUAACGCAAGCAUUCUGCAGCACUAAUCAGGGGUGGAUUUGAAUCUUGCGUCCCUCUAUGCACAGGAUUACUGGCUCUUUUCAUCUCCUGUAGGUCACUGCAUAUUGGUCCUGGAAAAUGUAGAACUUCAGAUAUUAGUGUUGUCAAUUAGUGGGAAAAUAAUUAAAUGUGAGAAAGUCAUUGAAAAUUGCUAUGAUUUAACUUUUACAUUUGUCUUCUAUCUUAGACACCGUAGGUGAAGUUAGCUAGGUUAUACCCCCAGGUGGUAUCUACAGGGUUAAAUAAAAAAUUUUCAUAAAAGUGAAUCUGCAGUGUAUUUAAUAUUUUAGUCCUAAAUAGGUGAACUGCAAGCAUUGCUGACCUGGGUAAAUCUCAGAGUUCUGCUAUUGUGACCUAAAAUUUUAAAUUCACUUUGAAUUUACACUUUACUGAAUAACCCUGUAAAUAAUUUUUUAAAGACCAGUAUUCCUGGUAAUAAACUGUGAUAUCUGUAUUCCUACGAUUAUUUUUUGAAGGCUCUAAAUUUAGUGUGAAACAUUGGUGGUUACAUACUUCAUAUUAAGCAACAGAUUCUGAUCCUGAAUUCACCAAACCUGUAGUGUCCCAGAAGUUUUGCUUAUCUGUUAUACUUUUUUGUUUUGUUUUUCACAGGAAGCAUUGGGGCCCUUCUGCUUUAUUUUCUUCUUACUUUACUGCUUUUUCAUGACUGUGUUCACGCUCCUGAUGUUGCCAGAGACCAAGGAUAAAAGCAUCAUUGAGAUUCUGGAAUCCUUUAACCACCUCAACACGAGGGAGAAGAAUCACAUUCCUAUCUAUGACACUCAACUUUAAGAUUAUAGAGUUUUCCCAUGCUUGUGCAACAUAGCAGUUGAACAGUAAAACAGGACUUUAUACACUUCUCUGUAAACUAUUGUACAGAUGCCUUUUUAUAAUGUAAAAAUUCACAGGUGUCACAAUGUAGGGUAGGAGUAGAGGUAUUUUAUUGAAGAUCAAAGGACAAACAGAUACGUUUCGGCCUUUAGGUCUUAAUCAUGUAAAGGCCGAAACGUUGUCAUGCUUGUGCAACAUAGCAGUUGAACAGUAAAACAGGACUUUAUACACUUCUCUGUAAACUAUUGUACAGAUGCCUUUUUAUAAUGUAAAAAUUCACAGGUGUCACAAUGUAGGGUAGGAGUAGAGGUAUUUUAUUGAAGAUCAAAGGACAAACAGAUACGUUUCGGCCUUUAGGUCUUAAUCAUGUAAAGGCCGAAACGUUGUAUCUUUUGGCCUUUGAUCUUCAAUAAAAUACCUCUACCUUCACCCUACAUUGUGACGCCUGUGCUAUUGCUUGUGGACCGUGGAUCACCCUCCACAAGACUUCAAAGUACUUUUUACUUGUGUGCAGUACUCCUAGGACUUUAUACAUUGCCUUUUAUAUUGUAAUGCAGAGACUGUAGUUUAAAUCUUGGACUGCCAAGUCUUGGAGCAACUGUUUUAAGUACUAGAUUAUGUGUUAUUUUGAGUGUGUUUUCUAAUGGGAAUUUGUCAUGAUAUUUAUAAAAUUUUGUGGGGGGUUUUGUCAAUCAAAUUUUUUAUUGAGAUGUUAGAACAUAGCAUCUGACUUUAUAAAAAGUUGUUUACUUAAUCUAUCCUAAACGUUCUAAAAUACAUGUUUAGUUUGUAAAGUAUGAAUAUUGUAUUUUUAU